ACAUCCUUUGAAAAUGUAUACACAGAUCACACCUAUAGCAAAACAUUGCUCCUUUAUACUUUGUAUUAUAGGAGUUUGGGAGAGUUCUGUCAAACAUCUCAUUCCAUUAUCAUUUUUGAAUGACAUUUCUAAGUAGGAAAAUAACGUUGAUCCCCUCGUUGAAUACAGCACACACACACCCCGCUCCAUGGGUGAGAGGGAUUGUUCAGAAACAUGUGUAGGUUGUGACCUUGAAGAAAGGUAAACAAUACCGCAGGAUAUAGAAAGUAGAACCAGCCAAUGACGUUAUUUGUUCCUGUCGCGACAAUAUGGCUACAUUCUUGGACGCGGUAUGCAGACGACCAAAAGGAACAGUGGUUUCCAGUCGAUAUCUAUAAUUCUAUUUUGGAAUUAAGACGAGGUCCAAAUCCAACUGACAUGAGUGAUGUGAUCAGUGGAUCUGUGCACAUGUUGCCACGCGGAUAGAUACCUAAUGAUAACACCAGACAGCUACUACGAGUCAGUGGGUGACACUUGACCUUUGAGCAAGAUGGCUGCUACAAGGAAUUCGGCAGGUGACAAGGCUCGCAAGACCUACGAAACAACAGAUAAUUUGGUCGGAAGAAGGUCUCGUCUUGCCAGUCAUACGCGGCAGACCAUCAAUAGUGAAUUCAACCUGAGCUUCCUGCUGCCAAUUCAUGCAACAGCUUCCUCUGCUGCGAGGGACGUCUUUCAACAAGAUGCCCCCAAAGGUAGUCUCCCAGCCCGACAAGUCACUGUUUCUUUCUUAGGAGAUGCCAGAGCCGGUAAGACAAGUCUGGAAAAACACCUGCUCGAUAAGUCCUUUGAUUCCGUUGAAGAAGCGACUAAAGGACUAGAGUUUGAUGUGGUACAGACAGAUGUAACGGAGAUCAAUGAAGCUUGGCAAACAGUACCUGAAAGGCCUUACAGUAGAUAUGACACUGGCCGAGCCCAGUAUGUUGUCAAAGAAAUUUUGGAAGAAGCUGUACCCCUGGCCAAUCAGCCGCUAUUUAGACGACCCGUCUUGACUACGCUGUCCAACUUCGCACUGACGUUUGCGGUGAUUUUCAUGAUUCUGUCGGGGCCAGUCGGUUUUCAACUGGGACUUGGUGUUUUCUUUUUACUAACGAUGGGGAUUUUCAAAAUGUUCGGUCAGAGCUACAACGCUGCCAUGUAUAGUCUCAUCAUGACUGCUGGACACGUCGUUCUAAACUACUUGAUAAGAGAUAUAGGGUUACUAAAUAUCUUCUCGGCAUUUGGUAACGAACAGUCGACUGCGUAUCCUUACCUUCAGUACGUUAUGUUUGUUCUGACUAUGAUCCUGAUCGCGUUUGUUGUGGUCUUGCCAAGCCAUCCGAGUGGACUGCCGUGUAUGGCCCUGGCCUUCUGCUUAAUGUGUUCACCUGCUCAGCUACAUUCUGAGAACUUCCCUUCAACUCUUCACUUGGCUCUAACUGGUCCUAUAUGUCUUGGGGCUGCCGCUACUUAUUGUGGCGUCGUGGCGUCAUUUCUUAGGUGUUUGGCACCGACAUCACUAAUGCUGCUACUUACAGCUUGGUAUCUAACAGAAUUUGCUGUCAGUUCCAAAGAAACGUUAGAGUACGUGCUGAGUUUGAUUGCUGGAUUUAUUUUAGGAGCAAUGUUUGAAGUGACAGGCCGUACCAUGGUAAGACUAUGCAGUUCUUCUCGACGUGGUCUUCAAUUGCAGAUUUUUAUGGGCCCGAUAGGUUUUGUCUAUGGUAUUGGAUUGGGCUGGUUAUUCGGCUGGCAGAUGGUUUUGCCAUCGACAUGGAAAGAUGCUUAUUACAUUGUGCCAAACAUAGUCGCCAUAUGCCUUAUUGUACAGGUAGAAAGGCAAAGACUGUAUUGGGCGUCUCUAGAACUACAAGGCUACCCCGCCCUCCUUGUUAGUAGGAGCAUCAAAACCUUAAAGGAAGAAAUGGAUUUGCCUCUUAGGUUUACCCUGAUUGACUAUGCCGGAGAUACUGUCUAUCACUGUACACACCAUCUGUUUUUAUCCAGUCUCGCAAUUCACCUGAUUGUCUUCAACAUGGAAAGACUAGAAAAGGAGCCCGAAUAUAUAAGGCGCAUUUGCUACUGGGUUCAGUCUGUAGUAGUUCACUUGAAAAACCCCAAUCCUCACAUCUUCAUUGUUGGAACACACUCAAAAAGUUUGCCUGAAAAUAGGGUUAAUUUCCUAUCGCAGACUGUUAGCAAGGCAUUGCUUAGCAAUGAGAAAUUUACUCAGUUCAUUGUGGAAAAACCAGGUAGCCAAAACGAUGUUGUGUUCUGCGUGGAAAACUCCAUACCCAUUCGAAAAGAUGCACAGGCCCUUCUCCUUCGAAAAACCAUUAUGGAAGUCGCUUCUUCGUCAUUCCAAGCAAAGAGACAAGUUCCUAUCAAGUGGCUCAAAGUCAGUGAUUUCGUUAGUAAGUACAAAUCCAGUUCUACAGAUACGUGUCUACUGGACAAACGUACCUUGUUUGAAAAGCUGAGACAGGAAGGUGUUAUUGAGGCAGAAGAUGUAUGUGAGGCAGAAGAGUUCGAGGAGAUGCUGAAGUUCUACGACGAAAUCGGAGAGAUUAAAUCAAUGGAUGAUGUUGUAGUCUUGAAUCUGAAAGCUUUGGUUCAGCUUGUUGUAACGCUUGUGGAGCUUGAUUGUGAUGAUCAUGAGCUUGGAAUCGUUCAUGUCAGUUCUUUGCGUAGAGUAUGGAAAUCUUUGACUGUAGAAAAUUUCCUUUCCAUCAUUGCGUUGUUCGAGAGAUAUGACAUUCUCUGUCCGAUCUCACAAGAGCAGUAUCUCGUGCCCUUGCUCAUUGAGACAGUAACUAAGAAAGGCAAGCAAGAGGCCGAGGAGACAGACCAUGGUGUUUCAGCAUUCUGGGACCCAGCAGAUUCAGACACGGUGUUCUACUUCAAGUUCUACAGGUUCUACCCCGAAGCCAUUUUCCUCCGUCUGCUUGCCCGAUGUCUGUCAAUAUCACAGAAAACUCACGACCUUGGUCGUGGUGCUGACCGAGAUGUCUACAGGAACAUGGGCAGAUUCUACCAGGGACAUGAUUUCUACUACAAAGUGGAGCUUGUGUGUCAAUCUGUCGAUCAGAACAUGAUCCGGGUAACUCUCAAGUGCGCUCCAGGCAGAGGUCCUCAUUCUCUACUUUCCAGACUUCACAAGGACUUACAGCAGAUCCGAGAUAGGGACUUCCCUUACCUGAACUACACAGUGGGGCUUCCAUGCUCAGUGUGCCAUUCACUUAACAACGAGGGAGAGAGGGACCGGCCUACUUCACAUAUCCUGAGGAUAGCAGGACAUGGCGAAGAGCUCCCACUACCUGGAGAGAAAGUGACUCUGAUGUGCCGAGGAAAAGCCUUUGAGGUGGAUUUUGGAAAAGGACAACCGACACUGGAUGCUGCCCAGCCGACGAAGACUGGAGAAAGUAGCAAUACCUCUGAACAGAAAAGUGUUAGUGCUCUGUUGGACCCCAGCACCAUCCAGCACCUGUCCAUCCUCCUGGACCCUCCCGCACCCAUCUUUGGGAACAACUGGAGGGCGCUGGCUGACGAACUGGGGCUGUGCUUCCAGGACAUCUGCUACAUCGAGACCAAGCCCAACCCGACAGAGAUGGCACUAGAAAUGUAUCGUAAGAAUACACCAACAGCUAACACAGAACAAGUCCACAGGGCUUUGUUAGACAUAGACAGGCCGGAUGCCGCUGAACUGUUUCAACCUACUAGUGUCGAAUCACAAGGAACAACUCAAUGAACAGAUCAAAUUGAAAAUCAAAAGAUAGUUGGUUACCUGGUCUGUACAUCCAAUUGCU